AUGUCAGAACGUAAGGCUGUCAUUAAAAAUGCUGAUAUGGAACGAACUGUACAAGAUGAUGCAGUCUAUGUAGCAUCAGCUGCAAUGGAUAAAUAUGAUAUUGAAAAAGAUGUUGCUGCUUAUAUUAAAAAAGAAUUUGAUCGUAAAUACACACCGAAUUGGCAUUGUAUAGUUGGAAAACAUUUUGGAAGCAUAACGUACAUGGAUAAAGAACUUUGUUGGAAAUGGGACUCUCGUAAAUGUGAGACAUUAUUGUGCAAAUAUAUGAGUGAUGAAGCAAUCUUAGAUUUAAUAUCUCUAGGUUCAUUGGAACUAAAUAGUAUAAAAGAAGCUUCUUUAAAAAUAUUAUUAGUUGCAAAUACUAGUAAUAUUAUCUAA